AUGGCUAGCGGAUGUCCUGAGAUAUUUCCCGAGAAGCCACGGCCCUCGCAUGACCCUCGUUCAGGAGAAGAGUUGGGAAGCAAAGAGCGGGACAUUGACAAUCGAUCUCUCCACUCGAUAACACCAUCUGAGCAGUCAACAGCGGCAAGUGCUCAAGAUAUCGAAAUCGCGGACGAUGUGCUGCAAAGGACCAUCACUCCCAAGAGACCGAUUGUCCGGGUUCCUCGAGCAGAAAGGCGCGGUCUCUUUGCACGGUUUGCUCUUGUGGCCGAGGUGACGGAGCCCGUCGACUAUAAGAAUGGGACGAAAUGGUUCGUCACCUUCAUCGUGGCCAUCGCGGCGGCAGCAGCUCCUAUUGGGAGUGGCAUAAUAUUCCCAACGCUUGAUGAAGUGGCAAGGGAGCUCCAUACCACACCUACCACAACCAAUUUGUCUGUUGCGCUGUACAUGUUGAGCAUGGCCAUAUUCCCUUUGUGGUGGUCUGCCUUUUCUGAAGCCUCUGGUCGCCGCUCAGUCUAUAUAGUCUCUUUCGCUCUCUUCAUUCUGUUUGCUGUCCUCAGCGCUGUGUCCAAGUCGAUUGCGAUGCUUGUAGUCAUGCGAAUGUUGUCUGGCGGUGCUGCAGCAUCUGUUCAGGCCGUGGGCGCAGGGACAAUUGCCGAUUUAUGGGAGUCGCGUGAGCGAGGCAGGGCCAUGGGCAUCUUCUAUCUUGGUCCCCUCUGCGGGCCCCUCUUUUCACCUGUCGUGGGCGGAGUAUUAGGCCAGCACUGGAACUGGAGGGCCACUCAAUGGGCGCUCGCCAUAUAUGGAGUUUUGACUUGGCUUCUGAUCUUCUUUGCUCUGCCCGAAACUCUCAAAAGAAGAAAGGACUUCAUCGAGGAAGCCGCGGCCGAGACAGUUUCAGUGGGCGGCGGAAGCGACCGACCUGGACUGAGUCGGACCUCGACUCGCGAAGUCGUCCAGCAGAGAUCCAAGAUGUACCUGAAGGCGGCCAAAAAGAUCCUCGUUGAUCCCUUGGGUGUCAUCCUGUACCUCAGAUUCAUGCCUGUGCUGCUGACCGUGUACUACGCGGCGGUUACCUUCGGAUCGCUGUACGUUCUCAACGUGAGUAUACAGUAUACGUUUGAACGAGAGCCAUAUGAUUUCUCGACCAUCAUCAUUGGUCUCCUGUAUCUGCCCAACUCGGUCGGGUACAUGCUUGCGAGUAUCUUCGGCGGCCGAUGGAUGGAUUCCAUCAUGAAACGGGAAGCCAUGAAGGCAGACCGCGUUGAUGAGCAAGGAAAAUUGAUAUUCUAUCCGGAAGAUCGCAUGCGCGAGAACGCGUGGCUAGGUGCCCUCCUCUACCCAACUGCCCUGAUCUGGUACGGGUGGACGGCAGAGAAGGGGGUCUUCUGGUUCGCACCGAUGUGUGCAAACUUCUUCUACGGAAUUGGUUCUAUGCUUAUUUUCGCCAUGUCCACGACCAUGCUGACCGAGUUCAUGCCUGCACGGUCGUCUUCUGGUGUUGCCCUGAACAACUUCUGUCGAAACAUCUUUUCAUGCGUUGGCGGCAUUGUUGGGGCGCCUUUGAUCGCGUCGAUUGGCAAUGGCUGGCUAUUUACGAUCUUGGGCCUUUGGGCCUUCUCCAGCGCGUCGGUGAUAUGGGCUAUGAAACGAUUUGGGCCGCGGUGGCGAGAAAGGUUGGAUCGAGAUUUAGGUUGA